CAAUUUGCUAGUUUGCUUAGGUUAGGAUAUUGAAAGCGUGAUUCAAACGGCACAAUCGCGAUGGCGAAACGUCUCUCGAGGUUACCGGGGAAUCACGGGGAAACAUACGGGACUUUUGUCUUCGAAGACGAGGGGCAUACCUUGGGAAAUGCGCUCGCUUCUGUGAUAAAUGAAUAUCCAGGCGUGAAAAUAUGCGGUCACACUGUGCCGCAUCCUGCAGAAAAGAGGGUGCACUUGAACAUCCAAACAACCGGUGAAAAUGUAAUCCAAGUAUUGAAACGGGGCCUCCAAGAUCUUGAGAAAAUGUGUGAUCACACAAUCGAGACAUUUAAUAAAGCCUACGAAAAACAUAAAGCUACGAAAGAAGACUCUGUGGAUACUACAUAACACUGUCAUUUUUUUUAGAUUCUUAAUAUAUUAUAAAUAAGUUUUUACAACUUUUACUAACCAAGAAUUA